GCAUCAUAUUUAGAGUAAGAUUAUUUUAAAUACUGGUUUGUUUGAGGACUUACUUAAUUUGGAUUCUAAAUCAGAUUCCUCAAUUUAAUUUGGUGUGUAAAUUGGCAACAUUUUAAGUGUUUAUUUAGUGCAUGCUAUUUAGCUGUAUUUUAGUCAUAGCAUGUAGUUUGACAGAGAUAAAGAUCAUUAGUAAACAUGGAGAUAAAGCUGGAACUUGAGCUAUGUAGAACAUUACUUUAUUAUGGUUUUUGGUUGCAGAAGUCAUAACAAGUCAUUCUGCUUUUAAGAACUGUUCCAAAUACCCUGAUCCUAUCCAGGACACUCUAGGCAUCAUUUUUCAGUUUUGUGAUUGCAAAUCAGGUUCCUGGCAACCCUUUUCCCAUUCUCUGGCUUGGGACAGAUGCUUUUGUUUCUGUCAGACCAACCAAUCACAGUGCUUUAGAGAUAAGGGAUUUUUAAAUAUCCUGGAAUAUCCACGCCUUUACUGCUCUCCAGAACACAGCUGUAAAAAUUGUUAAACAUGCACAUUUUUUUCACCAUGGAAACACUAAUUCAACAAAAUACAAAAGCUCCCACAUAGACAAAUAUAUUUUAACACCUUGCAGUUGAGAUGGGGUAGAUAGUAUAAUGUUACAAAUAUCCUAAUUUCAUUUGCUUUUAACAGUCAUUUCACUACCUGUUGAGAAGUUUUGGCAUUAGAUCCAGGAUGCAUUGUAGAAUUAUUUUAUUUAGCUGGGUAUUUGCAGGAGGAGCCAUGAAGGCAGUGCAGGAAGUACAUGGGUUUGGAAGGGUCUUUUUUAUUAAUUAUCUUGAAUCAAUUCUUGGUAGGACACCAGCCAAACUAGUGGUUUCAUUGGAUGGAUGUCCUUACUGCUCUGGAUAUUUAUUCACUGCUCUCUGAGAUAGAAAAAUGUGUAUCCUGUCACACAGAAUUUUCUGAGUUGCACACAGAGAUAAAAAUAACUUUUCAAGGCUGAUAGCUAAAGACAGGUUGGAAAAUGCAUCUUAGAAGCACAGAAUAAUUCAGGGGAGUUGGAAAAAGAACCUCGAAGAUCAUCUUAUUCCAACCCCCUGCAAUGGGCAGGGAUGCUUUCCACUGUCCCAGGUUGCUCCAAGCCCUGUCCAGACUGGCUUUGAGUACUUGCAGGAGUGGACAACCUGUGCCCGUGCAUCUCCACUGUCACAGUAAAGAAUUUCAUCCUGAUGUCUAAUGGAAAUCUGCCCUUUUUCAUUUUAAAGCCCUUACCCUUUGUCCUGUCAUUGCAUGUCCUUGUAAAAUGUCCCUCUCUGACUCUUUUCCAGGCCCCCUUUAGGUACUGGAAGGUGCUCUGAGGUCUCCCUGGAGCCUCCUCUCCCAGCCUGUCUCCAUAGCUGAGGUGCUCCAGCCCUCUGCUCAUCUCUGUGGCCUCCUCUGGACCUGCCCCAGCACAUCUCAGAAUCAUGAGUGCAGAAACAGAUGCAGUUUCCACAUCUGCUUACUCAUCACCAGCCAAAAGCUUGGGAGACCCUGGAAUAACUCCACUGUCUCCAUCACACAUUGUGAAGGACUCUGAUGCAGAUGAUGCUGUGGAACAGUUAUUUCUUGUUGUUGUGGCUAUUGAUUUUGGCACAACAUCCAGUGGCUACGCCUACAGCUUCACCAAGGAGCCAGAAUGUAUUCAUGUAAUGAGGCGAUGGGAAGGUGGAGAUCCGGGUGUUUCCAACCAGAAGACCCCAACCACCAUCCUGCUAACACCAGAGAGAAAGUUCCAUAGCUUUGGCUAUGCAGCAAGAGACUUCUACCAUGACUUGGAUCCCACUGAAUCAAAGCACUGGCUGUAUUUUGAAAAGUUUAAGAUGAAGCUGCAUACCACUGGUAAUCUUACCAUGGAGACAGACCUGACAGCUGCAAAUGGCAAAAAAGUCAAAGCACUUGAGAUAUUUGCUUAUGCUCUGCAAUUCUUUAAGGAACAGGCAUUAAAGGAGCUCAGUGACCAAGGAGGCUCAGACUUUGAAAACACUGAAGUAAGAUGGGUCAUUACAGUGCCUGCUAUUUGGAAGCAGCCUGCAAAGCAGUUUAUGAGACAAGCUGCCUACAAGGCAGGAAUGGCAUCUCCCGAAAACCCCGAGCAGCUGAUCAUUGCCCUGGAACCCGAGGCUGCCUCCAUCUACUGCCGGAAGCUGCGCCUGCACCAGAUGAUAGACCUGAGUAGUAGGGCUCCUGUCAAUGGCUACAGCCCCAGUGACACUAUUGGAACUGGAUUUACACAGGGGAAGGAGCACGUGCGCCGGAACCGGCAGAGUCGGACCUUCAUGGUGGAAAAUGUCAUAGGAGAGAUCUGGUCUGAGCUGGAGGAAGGUGAUCGGUACAUCGUGGUUGACAGUGGAGGAGGCACAGUGGAUAUGACUGUCCAUCAGAUCAGGCUCCCUGAAGGACAUCUGAAGGAGCUCUACAAAGCAACAGGUGGGCCAUAUGGUUCUUUAGGUGUGGACUACGAGUUCGAGAAGCUCCUGUGUAAAAUAUUUGGGGAAGAUUUCAUUGAGCAGUUUAAGAUCAAGCGCCCGGCGGCCUGGGUGGAUCUGAUGAUCGCGUUUGAGUCCCGCAAGCGGGCGGCAGCUCCCGACAGGACCAACCCCCUGAACAUCACCCUGCCCUUCUCCUUCAUUGACUACUACAAGAAGUUCCGAGGGCACAGUGUAGAGCAUGCCUUGAGGAAAAGCAAUGUGGACUUUGUGAAGUGGUCCUCCCAGGGAAUGCUGAGGAUGAGCCCGGAUGCAAUGAAUGCUCUUUUCAAACCUACAAUAGACCAGAUCGUGCAGCACCUGAGUGAGGUGUUUGAUAAGCCGGAGGUGACCAAUGUGAAGUUCCUGUUCCUGGUGGGUGGCUUUGCCGAAUCCCCCUUGCUCCAACAAGCCGUCCAGAGCGCUUUUGGCUCGAGGUGCCGGGUCAUCAUUCCCCAGGAUGUGGGUCUGACCAUCCUCAAAGGAGCUGUUCUCUUUGGCCUCGACCCUGCCGUGAUCAAGGUGCGGCGCUCCCCUCUGACCUACGGCGUCGGGGUGCUCAACCGCUUCGUGGAGGGCAAGCAUCCCCCGGAGAAGCUGCUGGUCAAAGACGGCACGCGCUGGUGCACCGACGUCUUUGACAAGUUCAUCUCAGCCGACCAGUCCGUAGCCCUGGGAGAGACUGUGACACGCAGUUACACACCUGCCAAGCCUUCUCAGUUAGUAAUAGUGAUCAAUAUCUACAGCUCAGAGCAAGACAACGUCAGCUUCAUCACCGAGCCCGGCGUGAAGAAGUGCGGCACCCUGCGCUUGGAUCUCACGGGAACUGACGCUGCCGUGCCCAACCGGCGCGAGAUCAAAACGCUGAUGCAGUUUGGGGACACUGAAAUCAAAGCCAUGGCUGUUGAUGUUGCGACCUCUAAAAGUGUCAAAGUUGGUAUUGAUUUCUUAAAUUACUAACGGCCCUUUCCCCCACCACAGCCUGUUUGUGAGACUGAUCUUCCACUGUUCCAUUCUUUGACUUUCGUCUGUCAUGUCAUCACCUUGAAUUUCAGCAGGCUAUAUGAGAACAGCUAGUGAGGUGGGGUCUGUUGUGUUUGUGUCCUUUGGUGACCAAGGACUGCAUUUUGAAAAACCCCUGAAGUUUUGGGAGCAAAAGUUCCAGAGGUAGUAAAAGUUACCAAGUUACUCACGCAUGCUUAAAGGUCUACCUUUAUAAAGUAAACACUGAUUAUUGUUGGAUCCUGAAGGUUAGUUAAAAAAAUACCAAGUUGUAAUCUCUUUGCCUUGUUCUUCUUCCUCUUCCUCCCGAGAAAAACUCACUAACCCAUGUGGCUGUUGUAGGGGGUGUAUCUGUGUGGGAUAUCUGUUUAAACAGCACCAUUCUCUGGCAAUGGGAACAAAUUAGUAUUUUUAUUGUAUUCUUUUGGUUUUGCCCAGUGCUUUCAGAAUUUAAAGUGCUGAAAAUGAAUGACUCAAAGAAAUGUCAAUUAGGAUGUCAAUUACUUAAAUUCUGAGUAAAGAAAAUCCCUAGAAAUCCUUAAAUUUAUAUUUAGGAAAUACAUGUGUGUUUUGGGGGCCUAAUAUUGAUUCCCUCAGGUUGAAAACAAGGCCUUUGUUGUUAAAGCUCUCAGAACAAGCUGUCAGAUUAAUUAGCUAGAAUUAUCCUCAUUAUACUUCGGAAAAUUAUAUUAAGAACAAACCUAUUUCUCUUUUGGGUCUUCUAAACUUACUUUUAUUAGUCUCCAUCUGAAACCACAGAAUCGCAGAGUAGUUGAGCUUGAAGGGGACAUCCAUUGACUAUCUGAUAAAACCUGUGUUCUAAGCAGUAUCAGUCAGAACAAGUUUCUUUUUCCAAUUUUUAUUGUCUCCAAAAUGAAAAUCCCUGAACUCCAGGCAACUUGUUUGAUAACCCUCACUGUAAAGGUUUUCUUUCUUAUGCUUAAAAAGAAUUUCUUGAGUUUAAAUUUGUGCGUGUUGCCUCUUUCUUGCUCCUUCACUGGGUACCUCUGAGAAGUCUGGCUCCUUCCUCUUUCCUGUGUGCUCUCAGACAUUCCUAGCAUCCCCUGAGCCUCCUUGAGUCCAGCAGCCCCAGCUCAAUCCCUUCUCCCCUUCAAUUUGCUGGUCUCAGAGCUGUGUGUCCGUGUCUCUGCUGCCCUGGGAGGCACAGAGCUGCACUGGGCACUCAGAGCUGCUCUCAGCAGGGCUGGACCAGGGCAGUGAUGGCUUUUCCAGAUCUCCUGACAGUCUGUUCCCAGUGCAGCCCAGGGGCUGCUGGCACUCUGUGUGCCAGGGGCACAUUGCUGCCUCUCUCUCAGUGUCUGCCACGAUGCCAGGGCGUUGCUGUGCUGCCAGGCUGCUUCCCACACAGCUCCUGCUGCAUGGGCUCCUUCCUGCCUUUGCACUUUGCACUUGCCUUUGCUGAACUUCAUCAGGUUCCUGUCUGCAUAUUUCUCCAGCCUGUCAACAUCCCAUCUGCUUUAUUAAGCACCUCCCCAGGUGAUUUUAUUUCUUUUCUUGUUCAUUCCUGUGUUAAGAUCUGGAAGCACCGCUUCCAAAUGAUGAAUGGUGGCUGUCCAGAAACAUUUAAAUAAUUCAGAAGAGACAAAACAUUCAGAUCUAAAGUAAUGCUUUUUUUUUUUGUAGCAAACAUUUUAAUUCAGUAAAAUAUGUUGCUGGGUUGAGUUGAAUGGCCAAUGAAGUGGAAGGCAGAAGCCAAUAGAAUGAAAGUACAAAUAGCAUUAAAUAAAACAUUCCUUACGUGGCAGUGAGUUCAGAGCUCUUGAAGCAGGAGAAAUGCACUGAUGGCCAUGAUAGCAUCUUGUUUUCCAAAUAACCACUUUGUGGAAAUGUUUCCUUAAGCAUGCUCACCUGGCAAAUUUCUUUUGCAACUAGAAUAGUUUUUACUUUGCAAAAUGCUACAGGAGGAAAAUUUCUGAAACCUACAUUCUGCAUCUGCCAUGAACUGACAGCUUUCACAUCCUAAUUCCACUCCAAAUUAGCAGAGUGGUACCAGUCUGUAAAAUCAUCCUAAAAUGCUGACACUUUCCAGUACAUUUAUACAGAGCUGCCUGAUUACCUGCUGGAAUUCAUUACAUUUUCAAAACGUUGCAAUGUUAAUUAUUAACCUAAACCUUCCUUUUUAAAAAGUCAAGCAUGAGCUAAAUCCAUUACGGACACUUUUGGGAGAUUAAAGCUUUAUCAGUUAUUUCAUUAAUUUAUGUUCCAAUCCUGCACUUAAACUUUCUGUGUUUGUCCUGGAGUUUUGCCACAGUAGAGAGCUGGACAACUGAUCCACUGCAUUUUGUCAUUGAGUUUUCUGUGUCUCCUGCAGAAUUCCCUGGUUGAAUGGGAAAUGUAUUCUGCAUUCAGCUUUAAAAUAAAUAAAUAAAGGACUAUGGAGAAUGCUAGUCACAGUAUCCUGCUGGAUACUUUCUAUAAUUACAAAGUGUGCUUGCUAGCAGUCGAUUUCCUGCUGCCUGCUAAAUGCUUUAAAAGCUAAAUACUGGGAAUUUUUUUGUGUGUGCUGCUUUCCAUGGUUUACAAACAAGAGAAACUUUAAGAUGAGUUAUGAACAAUAUAAUUUUAUGUAUAUACAAUAUUUAAAUAUUGUACAGACUCUUUCUUUCUACAGUGCUAUUUUCUUGUAUAAAAAUGCACUUUGCCUCUGUUGAUUUCAUUCAGCUGUUAAUUUUAAAUAACACAGUUUCUCAAUCAGCUUCUGUAAUUAUAGGCUUUUAAAGAUGGUAAGAUAUGAAAUGUAAAAGGCCGAUCUUAUAAUAAUAGGAAAGAAAUGUUGGUGUGUCAGAUAAUACAACAUUGUUCCUGCAAUGCAAGUCAUACCAGCUAAGCACAUCACACAAAUGCAAUAGUCUGUUGCUGGGGUUUUCAUUUCUUUGUUUCAGAUGGUGACCAUUCCAUCUCCAGCAAUUCUUCAUAAUAAUGGAUGAAUCCUCCUGUAAAACCAAAAAUCAGAUUGUAAAAUCUGGGUAUACAGCUUCUUCACUAGGUUUUGGGUUUUUAAAUAAGGAGCUUCUCUAGUUUAAAAAACUACAACAACAACAAAUGAAAAACUACCUCCCAAAGCCAGGCAACACUCUUGUAUUGUAGCUGCAGGUAAGAUACAGUCUCUGUCUACCACUUCCACCUGCCAAAAACCAAAAUUCUUACAGAAAAAUAGGCUUUGCUGUCUUUGCAUGCUAUGUUAAGCUGAAUCUGUCCAGUUUUGCACAGAUUUGUUUUCAGUGGCCUUAACACAGGAUUUGGUCUAAUAAAUGGCUGCCACUCCCCGUCCCCCCUGUGAAGAGGAGGUGACCUGCAAGAUCAGGUGGCCCCUGAUUUUUGUGCUGAUUCCGGCCUUUCUGCAGGGAAAGCUACAGGUGGUUUCUGCAGCUCUUCUGAAGCACAGUUCCCUGCACAGCAGUGAUCCUCUGCCCUUUCUGAGUCACCCUUUGUAAGAUCCCAUCUGGAUCCAAGCAGGGGCUUGUUCUGAAAUCCCUGUAAAACAUGGUUUACAUAUUUUUGCACUUCCUCCGUCAGUCUGGUGAGAACACUAUCAAGCUUAUCUUUGCAGAGCACUGAACUACUGAACAAAUUCCCAGCUGUGCUUGUUGCCCUCUUUCAGAAUGGAAAAUUAGCUUGUCUCUCUAAGGAAUUAGAAUUGUUAAGUAGAAUAUUAUGCUGUGGUCUGUAGACUGUAACCCAAUUAAACAACUUUACAUUGUAAGAGGCAUGUGGAUGCCCAUUUCUAUAAAGGAUGUUAGGCUGUAAAAUGAAUAUGAAAUUUACUAGGAAAUGAGGCAUUUUUAGAAUUGUAGUUGUGAUGCUUUGCAGGACGUUCCCCUGCAGAGCAUUUUUUUGGUAGGGGUUUCAGAUGACAUUGUGCAACUUAGUGUUGAAAAGACAACAAGGCCAGCUAUCCAUAAGGAGAGCAGAAGGUCUUGGCAGGAGUUUUGCUCUAAGCAGCAAUUUGCAAGUUUGGGUCCAGGUUACUGAUUUAGCAGCUAAUUGUGAUGGAAUGAUUAAUUGUGCUAGAAUAUGAUAAAUGUGCAGUGGUGAUUAGGACAGUUUUCAUUGGUAUGAGUAUACCAAUAUUCAUAUACAGGAGUUUUAAUGCAUUAUUAUGAGAAGGCUAAUUAUAUAUUGCAGAGACUUAAUAGCCAAGAUAAGCUGCAUAUUUAUGAUAUGAAGUGGCUUAAGCGGAUGAAUAGUAUAAAAGUUGUUGGGCAUAAUGUCACAGUACUCACCUGCUUGAAAUAGUCUUAAACUAUAUUAUAAAACCAACCAUUGUGGUCUUGUUCACCUCUGUGCAAGAUAAAUUCAGAUUUCACUGAUACUUGGAGCUGUUCACAACUUGUCUGGAUUGUAUCUUGAGUGUUCUUGUGUCUUCAAUCAUGUCAAAUAAAAUACCUUAAAACUAA